CCUCUUUGGGAAAUACCGCGCGGAAAUAUAUGGAAGGUGGUCAUGAUGCGAUAGACUUCACGAUAAAUUCUUAUGCACCACCUGGAAACAUAUCUGGUCACAACACAAAUGUCAGUCACUACAUAGAAGAGAGCAAUUAUGUCGUUGAAUUGAUGCUUGGGAAAUUCUUCUUAUUACUUGAAAUGUAUUCAUUACAAUAUGAAUGUCACCACUUUCACGGAGUAAGUACACAUGUAAAUUUUUCUUCGGUUGGUGCUGUCAAAUCACAUACUGAGACAGUAGAAAUCUGGCGACAAGUGCUUUCAUAG